GGACAGAUGUACAUGGUUAUAAUUGACCUUAGGGGCUCAUCUUGGAAAUCUGCCAAACCUCUUCUAAGAACUCUUCAGGAAACAGUUCCAGACAAGGUACAUGAAGUCUAUAUUAUUAAGCCAGAUGCUUUCUGGGAAAAACGGCGCUCAGGAACUGGUCUUAGAAAGGAACAAUCUAGUACGACAUUGUUGUCAUCAUCAAGUAAACUUCAUCAGUUUGCUGAGGGAAGUCAAAUUACUCAAGAGCUGGGUGGUACUUUAUCAUAUAACCAUAACAGAUGGAUUGAUACUAGAUUGGAAAUUGAGCAAAUUUCAGAUGAGUCAGUCUCUUUGAAUGAAAAAUUUGAUGAAUUGGAACAAGACCUAGACACCCAUCAGCUAGGUAACGACAUAGCAGAAACAGAUGGCCUGAUUCGUCAACAUGAAACCAAAAGGGCAUUGUUAGAUAAUGUUGCUUAUCCACUGAUCCAAAGAGGAGAACAUCUUAUCAGCUCAAUUAAAGCUAAUGAACCUCCUAUACCACCAAGCCAAAAUUUCACUGGUAGUCCUGCUUCUUUACCAAGCCAAGAGCGUCAACAGGUGGAAGGUAAUGUGACUCAACUAAAGCUGAGAUGCAGCCAGUUGAUGGACAUGUGGGAAAAGAGAUGGAAAGAGUUGAUACAGUGUAUGGAUCUACUGGAGUUUGAUGCAGGAUAUCAAAAGGUGACAAACUGGGUCCUCGGGCCGGGAGAGUCAUAUUUAGCCAAUUCCAAUGAUAUUGGAGACUCUGUUAUCUCUUGCGAGAUCCUUAGGAAAGAGCAUGAGGAAUUUGAGUUGUCUGCUAGGGAAGUGAUAAACCACUUUGCUCAGGUGCGUGAACUUGCCAAGAAAAUGCUCCAGGAAAAUCACUAUGCCUCCAGAGAUAUUAAAAGUCGCAAGGAAUUCCUGGACAGAGGUUGUCGAAACUUUGCCCUGCGGAUGAACAGGAGAAGAGACAUCAUACUGACAUCGCUUAAAUUUCACAAGAGUGCAGGGGAGUGCUCAGUUAAUUUGGAUGACUUAUUUGAACUGCUGUGUUCUGAUUCUGUUCUCAUGUACGACUAUGAGACUGCAGAGAGCAUGCUCAGAACAUUGGAAGAGAAGGCUGAGGCGGUUGCCAUUUCGUCUGAAGACACCUUGCGAGAUGCAUUGGCCGUGCAGGAACUGAUGACAAGUCCAAUGUCCAAUAUGCGGGGUGAUGACGUCACUCAGGAUUAUGGGAAGGGUAUUGCGCAUGUGCGGCUUACUUUAGACGAACUAAGAGAGCGGAAACUACGCACGGAUGAGUUGUGUGAUGUGCGCAGAAUCAAACUGCAGCAACUGUUGCAGCUCAAACAGAGCGAACGAGACGCUGAGCAGGCGACUGUGUGGAUAAGUCAACUGCGUGAUGCUACAGAACAUAACUUGGGAGAUGUGGGAAGAAACUCAGAGGAUAUCGAGGCUUUGCAACAGGAACACGAGAAACUUGAGACUACAGCUAAAAGUACUUAUGAUUAUGGUCGACAAUUUCUCCAGGCCUCAUUAGUUCUUCGCCGCACUUGUCGCUAUGAAUUGACUCCAAACUACCAAAUGGAGGAAAGGUUAAACAGCGCUUGGAGUGAAUUUUCAUCGGCCAUGGCUGAGCGAGGAGCAAGACUGUCUGUGGCGCUCAUGUUUCAUCGGAGCGCGGAGAAGCUUGUCCAAGAAAUUGAGGAGCACAGAGAGAGAUACAUGCGAGAGGACCUCCUAGAAGACCUCACAGCUGAAUUAAUCGAGGAAGAAAUUCGCCGACACUCUGGCACAAGACAGGCUAUCGACAAAGAAUACGCUGAUACGGUUGCCAUGGGGCAAGCCUUGGUUGACAGAAUGCAGUUACCUCCCCUGUUUGGGGAGAACGGUGCACCAAAUCGGCCUCCUCAUCUCAUCGAGGAAUCUCUGGCCGACUUAGAGGAGAGAAAAAUGGCCUGGGAAAGAGUUUGGCUAGACAGGGACGAGCGCCUACGGCAUUGGUUGAAACUCGGAGACUAUGAGCAACAGAUGCGAGAGCUUCUUCAUUGGGUUAAAGAUAGAACUAGCGAAACAGAAGAGAAAAAACACGUGAUUGGUGAAAACCUGACAGAGGCUGAAGCGCUUAGUGCAGACCUACAGGAACUGGAAGCAAGACUCAAGGAGAAAGAGAGAGAAGUUUCUGAGCUCAUUCAGAUCAUCAAGUCACUACAUGUAGCCUCAGCAGAAGAUCAAGCUUCCAGACCCUAUGGAAGGAUGGCAGAUUCUUUAGAAGAGGCCUGGAAUGACCUCAAUGUUCAAUUAGAGGGAAGGAGAAUACUUCUUGACACAUCAGUGGCUUUUCAUCACAGUGUAGAGAAGUUUUCUGACAAAAUCAAUGCCUCAGAAGAUGAGAUCAGCCGAGUCCUUUUAGUGGAAGAUGUGACAUCAUCAUCAUCAUUACUUCAUCAACAUCAAGAACUAAGAAAAAGUGUAUUGGAAUUAUCCAUGCAGACUUUAUCCAAAGGACAAGCUCUCUUGGACAAAUUACGAGAGGCCAGUUCACAUGCCGACAUUAACAAUCGUCAUGCCACAAAAGCAGCAUGUUACAGUGUGGAGCGUAUUCUAGAAGCACUACAGCACAGGCGACAGCAGCUUGAUGAACAGUGGAAAGAGAGAAAAAAAGUUUUGGAGCAGUGUAUGAAAAGAUGCAAGAUUGAUGAAGAAAUAAGAAAGAUCACAAAAUGGCUUAAUGAAGAAGGAGAGGAUUAUAUCAGCUAUCAAGAUUAUGGAGACUCGUCACCUUCAACUCAAGUUCUUCUUGAUGAACACUAUAAAUUUGAGGAAGUGGCAAAGGAAAAAGAAGAGGCUUGCCAGAGGCUUGCUCGAGAAACAGAAAAGCUUGUGCAUGGAAAUUUCAGAGAUGUACAGGAAACACAGCAAAAAAUUACCCUGCUUCUAACAAACUUGCAGUUAUUCAAAGAACGUUUGGAAGACAGAAGGAAACUACUGACAGAUACACUAUCUUUUUACAAGAAAAACAUCAGAGCACAUGAUAAGCUUGAUGAAAUAAGAGACAAAAUUACAGAAGAGAAGCUAACCAUUGAAGAUCAAAAGGAGCUGUAUGGAGCAAUCAAUGCAGCAUCUGCAGCUCAACUGCGAGAUGGAAAGAUACUGCAAGAGAAGAUGGCAGAUGGGAAACACCAACCUGUCAUAGUGAGAAUGUAUGAGGAACUGCAAGAGCGGAGCACAGCUAUGCUUGUUGACGUUGAACCUGAUCCUGCGGACAAGGAAUUUGAAGAUCUCUUUGGUUGGAUUAGGAAUGUUGGUGAAGACUUUCUUGAUAGCAACAUUGCAAUGGGUGAUUCUGUCAAAACAUCACAGGAAUUUCUGUAUUCACAUCAAGAAAUGGAUUCUGAGAGACAGGUUUUUGCAGAUCGAAUGGCCAAAGCUAUUGAUGCAUCUAAUAUGCAACUGAAAAAAGAUAGUGCUAAAGUUAAAGAUAUUCAGGAUCUGUGGAUGAGGUUUUCAGCUCGACUUGAAUACCGCCUUAAGUUGGGGAAAAUGUACUUUGAUUUCCAUCGCCACAGACAACUGCUGUUUGGGAAAUUGGAUGAGCUCUUCAAUCAGCUGACAAGUGAUGAGCCUAAGGAGAAUGUUGAUGCAUCACCCACAUUACUUGCACGACAAGAACAACUGCAGGAUGCCAUUCUUUCAGCAUCUGGACAAAUGCAGAGGGAGUCACAGGCACUUCUUGAUGAGUUGCGAAAAGAACCAAGAGAGGAGUGUUUGGACAGAGGGGCAGCUGCUGAUUGCAUACAGAAGUUCCUGGCAACUCUAGAGGCGAGGGUUCAUAAGCUUGGCCAGCUUUGGAACCUAAGAGAAGAACAGCUAAACAAGAACAGGCAGCUGAGUGCUGAGUUUGUGCAGUUUGAAAAAGACACGAGGGAGGUCAUACUAUGGAUCAAAGAACAGAGUGAUACAUUUUUCCCUGUCAAAGUAGACUACAGCUCCCUUCCCAUUGACCCAAGAGAGUUAGAAGACAAGCUGCAAAGGUUCAAAGAUGCUGCAAGGCGUACUGAUGAAGAUGUCCAAGCUCAUCUGCGCGCUGCAGAGGAGCUGUCAGAGGCAGAGGGUAGCUACAAAGCAGCCAUUAGAGUCAUUACAGAUGAACUUCAGAUUGCUUAUCAAAGGUUUAAGACCCUGCUAGCAGAUUAUGAGGUUUUGCUGUCAAUGUCAGCAACAUUUUACACUAGUGUGGAAAAACUUCUCCAAAUGAUGGAUGAAAUGACAUAUGGCCUUCAAAGCCAACCCCUCCCCAGAGACAUCAACAAUGCCCAGCUCCUGCUACAAGACCAUCUUGCCAACUACCAGACAGUUCAAGACCUGCACAGCUUCACCACUGUUAGUGCACAGGAUGUCUUGAGCCGGGCUGCCACUUCAGCAGCUGUCUCUGUGUCUCGUGAUGAAAUCAAGGGCUUCCUUGAGAGAUCAGAAGGAAGACAUGAGGAAUGGAGGUCUCUUUGGGAGCACCAUAGGGACAAGUUGUUAGAAAGUGUGCGAUUGUGUGAAUUUGAGCAGGCUAUCAGUGCGGUCAACUUGACCAUAGAGGAGCACACCAGAGAACUGCUUGCUUUGAACAGAAAGUUUGGAAUCACUUUACUUGAUGCUGUUACUCUGCUUCAAGAGUCAGAUUCAUUUCUGGAGUCUGUCAAGCCAGCUGAUGUGGAAGUUGGUAGACUGGUAGAAGAAGCAGAGAAAUUGAAGCAAUUAAAUCAUCAUGAUGCACCUGCCAUUGUGCGACAAGUUUCUGCAAUGGAAGCCCGCUGGCAGAGAUUUUUGUCCAGGAUGGAAGACCAUAGGGCCAUGCUUGAAGCAUCAAUAGAGUUCCAUCAACUUUAUGAACAGGCAACAGUUUGGAUCAGUGAUAGUGAGCACUUCUUGAAAACCACCCAAGAUGAAGCAAAAAGGUGCAAGACUGAGGAGGAAGUUAUAGACCUUCUGGACAUGUUGGAAGGAUUUGUUAAGCCUGGGCUUAAUAAGCAAGAGGCACGACUGAAGAAGUUGGCUGAACUCUCUGCGAAACUUACAAUGGAUGAGCCUCGCUACCAAGCAAAGGAUCUUAUGACCAAACAGAAACACAUCACUACAAAGUUUGAUCUCAUGGAUAAUGACCUUUUUCGUUUAGCAGAGAGGCUCAGGGAGAGAAAGCAGCGAGGACUUCCUCCUAAGGCAGAAGAGGUAACAACAGAGCGUGUGGAAGCUUACGAGAAAGAAUUGCUGGAGACUACUCCUGACACGUCGGGGUAUGAAAAGCCAAUACGUGUAAAUGUGUUGUCAUCAUUUGUUGAUGGAGUCUUGGGUAGUAAAAGACCUGGGGACUGGGAAGUAUUUGAAGAGGCUGGACCAGCCAAGCGUCCACAGGUUUCAGUGCGAGUGAGAUCAGACAAACCAGUUAGUACAGAAACAGAGCAAAAGAUCGAGCCUAUCAUCAAGUCAGAGAUCCAGGGUUGGUUUGAAGGUGGAAAAGCUCUGAAGCCAGUUGAAAUCCCAGAACAUGAGAUACUGGUUCAUAUCAGUGAAGAUACUAAGCGAGAACCUAAUCAGAUGGGUUUAGCUCCAUGGGGUGUAGAAGUGGUAAAGAAAGAUGUUACAGUGACUUCCUUAGGGCCUUAUGUCAGCACAGACAUUGAAGUUGAAACAGCCCUCCACACUCAAACAUUUCCACCAUCUUCAGCAGACCAAGCUCAGCUGACUAGAAAACGUGUAUGGAAAACGACCACAAGGGAGACCACUACAAGUAUCAAGCAAGAAACAAGAACUGAAGUAGAGAUGUUGGUGCCAGAAAAACCAGAAAUGAUGUCAAAUCUCUAUGUAUUUGGUGCUUUGCCUAGUUCUGAGAAUCUGAGUGUUGAAGUACGGUCUAAGAAAACUGUUGAAAGUACACCAGACACCUCAGAAAAUACCAGCCCAGAGGAAAUAAACAGGGUGGAAGGAGGCAUGAAAAGAGCUAACGAGAACAUCUGUCGGAAAAUUGAAGACUCUGUAGCAAAUACCCACAAACCAUUGCAGCAUACUAAACAUGCUGAGCUGCUCAUACCCCAACAUGCUGGUUCAGUUCUGAUCUUCACACCACCAGAUACCCCACGAAGGGGGUCAGCUCCUUAUGUUGAUUCUAGCAAGCUACCAAAUGGCCACUCAGCUGAUGAAGGUCAACCGAGGUUUGAGUCUGAAGUGCAUCUCAUGACAACACCUAAUGACUUCAACUUUGAUGCUGUGGAGUUAACUCUUCCAUAUCCCUUUAUGAAUGGGGAAGCCCCUGCCUCAGACAAAGGAGCUAAACUGCGUAGAAUGAAUGCCAUCACUGAUAGGUUAAUUGAAAGUGAGAGCAAUUAUGUGGAUGACUUGAAGUCACUUGCAGAGGAUUACAUCUAUCAGCUUCCCAACGCGCCAUCUCAAUUGGCGGACAAUAAAGACACCAUCUUUAUCAAUUCAGAAGAUAUAUUCUUCUUCCACAAAGUGAUCUUUUGUGACGAGUUGGCAAAGUGCAAAGGAAAUCCAUCAGAGGUUGGAAAAGUGUUCAAGAAGAGGGAACAUGAACUUGACAGAUACAUAACCUUUUGUGAUGGAAAGAGUGAAUCAGAUAGCUUUUUGGAAUCACAUCCAAAGGAUUUCUUCAAGAAAUGUGAAAAUGAAGCGCCUUCUCGUCCCAUAAAAGAACUCUUGGAUCGGCCAGUAGAACGUGUUUUAGAAUAUAAAGCCUUUCUUGGUGAUCUGCUGGAGUGUGGGGAAAAGGCUGAUGUGGAUACAGCUGACAUUGAGGCUGGCAAAGAAGUAAUUGAUCGCCUUUGUGCAGAAAUUCGUCAGAAGACCAAGUUUGAGAUCCUUUUGGCUUCUACUCCCAAAGAAGUUGAGUUCUGUAUAGCAUUAGAAGACUACAGAGAUGACCACAACAACAUUUGCCUCAGGAAAGGAGAGACUGUGGUUGUUUUGGAUCGAGUGUCACACCCUGGAAUGUACAAAGUAGUCAAACUUCUCGCAGAUGGUUCCCAAGGCGAUGAAAUUUUGGUUCCAGCAACAGUUCUUCAGCGUAAGAAGUCCACAGCAGAAAUCAUAAUGCCUGCAGAAUACACCGUGAAUCUCAGGUCUAAGCCCGGAUCCAAAUCGCCAGAGGAGGUUUCGGAAAUUUUUGUCCCUGCUACGGAAAGAGAAGUUGUAGAAGUGGCACCGGUAGAGGUCGCAUCAGCUCCAGUUGCUCCAGUAUUCACUAUGCCAUUAGAAAAUCUUAAGGCAGCUGAGGGCCAACCAACACACCUGGAGGUUCGUGUGAGUGGUACCCCAGAGCCUCGAGUAGUAUGGCUUAAGAACGACCUUCCCAUCAGAACUGGAGAGCGCAUUCAUACUGAGAAGGAUGGCAAUUUGUACAGUUUGAAGAUUUCAGAAGUUGAUAUUGAGGAUGGGGGAGUAUAUACAUGCCGUGCUAAAAACGUAGCUGGAUCAGCAACUUCCAUGGCAGACCUGAAUGUUGAAUGUAAGAAGAUAAAAACACAGAGCCAUGUUACUGCACGGCCAGUCAAGCCUGGUGAAUCAGAGGGGGAACUUGACGUGGAUGAUGAAACUGACAGCUCUGUUUUAGCAAUAAAUCUAAAUCAGCUACCCCAGUCAGUGACAUUAACUGUUGAUGGGCAAGAUAGAACUGGGUUUGCACCCAUCGAAGUUCAACUUCCUACACCCGGUGAUAUAAGUGCUUCUGAAAUCCAUUUGAUGACAGAGAGUAGGCCAACAUCUCGUCGAAGGUCUAUUCCCCCCGAAUUCACCACAGAACUUACAGACAAAACAAUUGAAGAAGGAGACUCUGUAGAAAUGCAGAUCUUUGUUACUGGCACACCUCCACCCGAAGUGAUUUGGUAUAAAGAUGAUCAACCAAUCACAAUUUACCCUCACAGGCGCUUCCAUGCAACCAGAGAAAAUGACAUCUGUAGCCUAGAGAUCAAGGAUGCGAGAUGCAGUGAUCAAGGAAACUAUAUAUGCCGAGCGAAGAACACUGCCGGUGAAGUCAGAAAAUCCUGUAAACUAACCGUAAAGCAAGUCACUCCAACAAGCCCUCCUUCCUUUGUUAAACAUUUAAAGGAUGUGCAUAUUGUGGAAGGCUCUUGCACUCGUUUCGAUGUGAAAGUCACAGGAAUGCCAGAACCUGAGGUAGCUUGGUUUAAAGACGGAGUGCCAGUUAAACAAGACAAGCAUUUGGAAAUUGUUCACGAUGAAGACACGUCUGCUUUGAUUCUUAUGUAUGGCACACUAGAAGAUGCAGGUGACUAUGCUUGUAAAGCCAGUAGUGAGGCUGGGGUUGCUGAAUCAUGCGCGCAUCUGUACAUAUCACCUUUACAAAUACCUGCCAAAUUUACGUCACAGUUAGAAAGUGUUGUGGUGUCUGAGGGAGACCCAGUCAAGCUCAAGUGCUCAGUGCUUGGAAAACCAGAUCCCAAUAUAAUUUGGUUUAAGGACCAACAGCAAGUUAACGAAAGUAGCAGGACAAAAAUGAAAGUGUUAUCUGACAACACAUGCUUAUUACACAUUCUCAAGACGGACAUGGAUGAUGAGGGGAUUUACACAUGCGCUGCAACAAAUUCUGCUGGAGAGGAUACUACCUCUACCACAGUGACAAUAAAUGGUAAAGGGAAAGCUCCGGAGUUUACCAAAGCCUUGCAAAAUACUGAGGUUUCAGACGGCAGUCCACUUUGUUUAGAAGUAAGAGUUAAUGGAAAACCAACACCAUUUGUUGAAUGGCUGAAGGGCACAAAGCUGUUAAAAUCUGGGCCACGCUUUGAUAUCCAAACAAGAGGAAAUACACAUACAUUUCUAAUUACGAAUUGUAGAGAUGACGAUGGUGGUACGUAUGUGUGCAAGGCAAGGAACAAGUUCGGUACAGCCUCUUGCGAAGCAGUGCUAGUGGUUGCAGAGGAUACUGUACCACCAAGAUUUACAAAGAAACUCUACGACUCUACAGCUGAUUCUGGUAACACCGUUGAAUUUUCUGUCAAGUACAUUGGUAGUCCAGAGCCAAAAGUCAAAUGGUAUUUGGAUGAUGAGGAAGUUUCUGAAGACGACGAAGGUAUGGACAUUGACACAGAACCUGGUUCAUCUUUGCUAGUACUAGAAGACAUAGCACCGAAUGACUCUGGGCAGUACAAAUGCAUUAUAUCUAAUGUAGCAGGCAAAGCAGUCACAAGUGCACAGCUCAAAGUGAGUGAUGAAGGUAAAGAAACAUUCCCAACCAGUAUUCAGCGGGUUGUCGAGGCUGUUCCUCCCCCAGUGGAAAAAAGGCUUAGUGGUAAAGCACCUAUGUUCAUUAAGGAACUUUCAACUCUCCGUGUUACUGAGGGAGAUGCAGUCCGGUUGGAAGUAAUAGUUGAUGGCUCACCCAGACCGGUUGUGCAGUGGUUUGUUGAAAAUGACCAUGUGGUAGAAGACGAGCAUACACAUACAGUCCAAGAGGGAAAUAAGUAUGCUUUGAUUAUUGACGGAACAGUAUUGGACGACGAGGCUGAGUACAAGUGUGUUGCCAAGAAUGCUCUCGGGUUAAUAGAAUGUACAGCUGAACUCUUGGUGGAUGAGAUAGCUAUCAAACCUGAAUUUCUAAAAGAACUGAGGCCAGUUGAAGUUUUGGAGGGGUGUAAUGCACAGUUUGAAGUGGAGAUUCAAGGAAAUCCUGAACCAGACGUUGCAUGGUUUAGAAACAAUGUUCUUAUUGAACCCAGUGAAAAAUACAAACCAAGCUGGACUGAAAACGUCCACAAAUUGGUUAUUCAUAAAACUGUUCUCGGUGAUUCAGGGGAAUUCGCGUGCCAGGCAAGGAAUGAUAUUGGUUUGGUUUGUAGUGUUGCACCCCUCACUGUUAAACCAGGAAGAACUCACGGGAAACCUCCAACCUUCUUGGAAAAACCUCAAAGUACACAUGUAAUGUUAGGGGAUGUUGUUUCCUUCGAGGUGAAAGUUGAAGGUACGCCGAUGCCUACUGUUAAAUGGUUCAAUGAAGAGGGUGAAGAAAUUCCAAAAACUGGUCGUAUUUUUUCCUUGCCUAGUGGUAAAUUAGCAUUCAGUUCUGCGACUCUAGAUGACGAAGGAAUCUAUAAAUGUGUUGCUGUCAAUGAGAGUGGAGAAGCGUCAUGUCAAGUGGAGCUUUUAGUUAAUCAAGGAAAUGCUUGCCAAGAAACUGAAGAUAUUUCUCCGUCACAUAAUGUUGUUGUGGAACGUGAAGUAUCCCUUGAAGGUGUGCUCGGCGUUCUAAAGGAGGCAGAAACGCCGCUACCACCACAAAUCGUGAAGAGGUUAAAGGAUCUUAGCGUAACAGAGGGAGACACAGCACGUUUUGAAGUGCACAUUACUGGAGACCCUACACCUGAUGUAGAGUGGUCCAGCAGUGGUGAGAAGAUAGAAGGAAACGAGGAGACCCUUGUGGAAUGUGAUGGUGAUAUUUACAAACUUAUUCUGAUGGAUGUUCUUCCAGACGAUGAUGGAGAGUACACAGUCACAGCUACAAACAAGAUUGGAAAGGUGUCAUGUACCGGGAAACUCUCUGUCGCAGAGAAGAUUAAGAAGCCUUCUUUCUUGGAUGAACUGAGGAAUGUUGACGUAACAGAAAAUACUGAUGUGCGCCUGGAAGUACGAGUACAAGGCACAGAACCUGAUAUUGAUUGGUACAAGGAUGGCGUUUUGAUCGAAGAAGUUACGUCGAGAACUGAAUUUGUUGAGAACGAAGAGAGAGGAAGUUAUGCUUAUCUCAUUUACGGUGCCACAUCAGAGGAUCAGGGCACCUAUCGUUGCACGGCGGUAAAUGAGGCCGGCCGUGUGUCGUGCGAAGGACAACUGACGGUGAGAGAAAACGUCACUCCUCCCCGGUUUCUCCAGCGCCUCGAGGACAACUCAGUUGUGGAGGGAGGUGCUGUUGACUUGGAGGUUGAAGUCAGUGGGAGACCAAGACCAGCUUUGAAGUGGCUGAAAGAUGGGAGCAUUGUUGUUCCAGAUGAUCGUUUUAAAAUAGACACAGAAGGCCGUAUUCAUACAUUGCAGAUAACUCAAUGUAUGCUUUCAGAUGGAGGGAAAUACACUUGUACUGCUUCUAACAGUGGCGGUACGGAUACUUGCUCUGCUAAUCUGCAAGUCGAAAAAGAGAUGCACGGCCCAGAAUUUGUUGUUCGACCUGAAGGAGCACACAUUGUCGAGGGAAGCCAAGCCAGAUUUGAGGCAGUUGUUUCUGGUCUACCAGAACCCGAAAUUGAGUGGUUCAAAGAUGGAAAACUUGUACGAAACAGUCACCGCUUUGAACUAGAGUUCGACAGAAAUCGAUCCGCUCUUACUGUGAAGGGAGCAAAACAAACAGAUGACGGAGAAUUCACGUGUACAGCUACCAACCAAGUUGGGAAGGUUUCUUGCUCUAUAGAACUUGUUGUUGACGAGGCAGUUGUUGCACCUGAAUUUGUCAAGAAAAUGACAAAUAUAGAGUUAUGUGAGGGUGACUUGGCACGAUUUGACGUUCGGGUGUCUGGCACACCUCAACCAGACAUAAAAUGGUUGAAGAAUGACGAGUCUUUGCGAGGGGAAUCACGAUACGAAUUUCUCUCCGAUGAUGACAUGCAUUCCUUGGAGUUGUCUAAUUGCCUGUUAUCUGAUGCUGGAACAUACCGCUGUACCGCCUCAAAUGAGGCAGGAGAAACGUCUUGCACUGGCGAACUCACUGUUGCAGAAAAGCUGUCCCCUCCAGUGUUUACGGAUGAGCCCUAUUUUCCAAGUUUGAUUGAAGCUGGAGGUGACAUUGUGCUAGAGGCGAUGGUUAGUGGUAAGCCUACACCAACUGUGGAGUGGGUCAAAGAUGAUACAGCUCUUAAGAACAGCAGUCAAUUUAACAUAAAGGCCAAAGAUGACAAACAUACCCUAACUAUUUCUAGUGCUAGCCCUGCUGAUUCUGGAGCUUAUAAGUGCAUCGCACAUAAUACUGCUGGAACGUCCACAAGGACUUUCAACGUUAACAUUGAAGCCUCAAAGCCGCACGGAACUGCGCCCACGUUUACAAAGUUGUUGGUGUCACCAACAGCCAUUGAGAACUCUCCAGUUACUCUGGAGUGCGAAGUCGUUGGUUCUCCUGAAAUAUUCAUCGAGUGGAUCAAAGGCGAUUGUCGAGUUAGGCAAACGACACGUGUUCGUACCGAAUUUGAUGGGAAAAACUGCCGUCUAAUAUUCUUACGCACAGAGCUCGAUGAUGAAGCAGAUUACAAGUGUAUUGCUAGAAAUGCGUUUGGCACUGCAUCUACAGAUUGUGAAGUGCUAGUGGAGGAAGAUUUCAGUCAACAUCAUAGUCCACCUUUUUUCAAAAAGAAGCCACACAACCAAACGAUAUCAGAAGGUCAACAUGCAACGUUCAGUGCUAUUAUCGGAGGAACCCCAGAACCCGAAGUCGAUUGGUUUAAAGAUGAAAAAGCGAUUGAAGAUAAAGGGAGAUUUGUUAUUAGAGACGAUCUUGACAAGGGAAAGUUUUCCCUAACCAUUGAAGAAACCUUUGUUGAGGAUGCCGGCAUAUACAAGUGUGUUGCCUUUAAUGAAGUUGGAGAGGAGUCAUACGAGGCAAGAUUAAGUAUUAUUCCCCUUGGAAAUAAAAGUGAACCCACCUUUGAGGUGCCUUUUGAAGUCUCCGUUAAUGCAGAGUCAGCCACACCCCUAAGCUUUUCCAACCAGCCAAAGUUUGUGGUAACAUCAGGAGAAGAAGGUGCAACUAAGGAUCAACCUCGACCCACGAAAAAGAAGCUUACAGCUUCAAGAAAGACCGCAGACUUUGAUCUUGAACCUCCGCACUUUAUUGCCUUGCCGGAAGGUCUCAGUCCUUUUGAAGUGAACGCAGAUGAAGAUGUCACUCUGCAAGUGAGAGUAAGAGGUAAACCUCUCCCGGAGGUAAAGUGGCUGAAAGAUGAGAAGCCCCUGGUAGAAACAAGCAAAUUCCUAUGGAACAAUGACACAGAUAUAUAUACGUUAGUGAUCUGUGGACCUACACCAAGAGAUAAAGGAACUUACGUCUGUUUAGCAUCAAAUAGUGCUGGAACUACCACGAGAAGUUUUGAAGUGAACAUAGAAGGCUAUGAAGACUGGGUUAUGCCUUCAUUUGAGGAACAUACAGCAAACCCCUUUGUAAUAUCAGAUGAUGGCGAUGUGACCAUGGACGUUAGAGUAGCGGGGAAUCCUUCACCAAGCGUUGAGUGGAGAAAAGAUGGUCAACCUAUAUUGGAAAAUGAACGGGUUAAAUUAUUUUCUUCAGAAGACGUUCACAGACUUUUUAUCAAAGGAGCUUCGCCAGAAGACGAAGGGAAUUACAUUUGCACGGCAACUAACCCAGCUGGAAAGUCGACCAGAACAUACACUCUAGACAUUGGUGGUGUUGGGCCCGAAGAGGUCAGAAGUCGCCAGGAAGUUGUAGACGAAACAUUAGUGCCUCCCAGAAUUGUAAAACAGACAGAGCUAGAGACACCAAUAAGUAUUUCUGAGGAUGGUGAUGUUAAACUGGAGGUUAUGUUCAAUGGAACCUCAGACGAAGAGUGGACAAAGGAUGGAAUAGUCAUACAGGAAAGUAACCAUUUUCAGAUAAACUUAGAAGUUGGAGUGCAGAAUCUUGUUAUUAAGGGUGCCACUCAGGAGGACAAAGGAGUACACAAAUGCAUGCCUUCUAAUAAAGCUGGCUCCUCGUGGAAAACAUAUUCAGUUGAUUGUAAAGAAGCGGAGAACGUUCACCCAGAACAACCUUCGGGACUGGAAAGGCCUUCUUUUGUUGAAGAUGACAAUGUCGUUCCUUUUCAACUGACUGUCGAUGGAGAUGUUAAGCUUGCAGCAAGAGUUCAGGGUAGCCCCACACCACAAGUUGGGUGGGAUAAGGAUGAUGUUCCUCUACAAAACAGCGAGCAUAUUGUUAUUACUUCUAAAGAUGACCUUUACUCCUUACUGAUUUCAAAUCCAACUAUCUCUGACAAAGGAAAGUACACUCUUACUGCCACAAAUGAAGCUGGAGUUGGUACACGUGCUUUCGAUGUUAAAAUUAAAGGUGCAAAGCCAAUUAGUUCGUCGCCAGAAAUCACCAAGGAACUUGAUGAGGUAGAGGUACUUCAAGGACAACCAAUCACGUUGGAGUGUCAUGUCUCUGGAGCUUCUGAUGCUCACGUGAAGUGGUUUCAUGACAAUGUUCUUCUGACUGACAAUGAGCGAAUAACCACCUCAUUCGAUGGUGUAGUUUGUGUCCUGACAAUCCAACGCUCAAUUCUAGAUGAUGAAGGGGACUAUCUGUGUCAGAUAGAGAAUGACCAAGGUGUCGUGUCAAGUUCUUCUGAAGUGAUAGUGGACGAAGGAAUGGCGUUACCAAUUUUCAAAGAGCCACUGAAAAACACAAGUAUUACCGAAGGCGAGAAUGUCUGCUUUGAUAUCCGUGUUGUAGGAAACCCAGAACCAGUCGUGGAAUGGUUUAAAGAUGGUGUACAGCUUGAAGAUGAGGGCCGUAUUAUGAUAAUUGAUGACGUGGAUGAUGAUCAGCCAGAACUCUUCUCUCUUGUAAUCGAAAAGUGUGAACAAUCAGAUGUCGGUCUGUACAAAUGUAUAGCUAUGAACGAAGCUGGCAAAGAUUCGUGUAGUGCUCAACUGCAAGUCACCUCUUCAUCAGUUGCACAGAAGAGUCCAGAUAUUGCUAAGAUUCCUGUGGAUAUCACAGAGGGCCAAGACGUAACACUGAAGGCUUUGACCAGUGCACAACUUCCCAAAGUCAUUUGGCUUAAGGAUGAUGAACCUUUGAUGCAGAGUACCCACUAUGAUAUUGAUGCUAAACAAGGCAUCCAUACUCUGACAAUAAGAAAUGCCUUACCUGAGGAUUCUGGGAUUUACAAGUUUGAUACUAAUGAUGAUAGCACCAGUAUCUUCAAGGUCACCAUUAAAGGGAAAGAUUCUUUAGAUGGCGUCGCACCGGAGGUCACAGCAGUAAAUAGUCCUGUGGAAGUACUUGAGGGAAGUACAGCCAAACUGACUUGUGUGGUCACUGGAACACCAUAUCCAAAAGUUACUUGGCUAAUAGAUGGUAGUCCUGUUGAGACAAGUGAGCGUGUCAUUUUUGACUGCGAUGGAGAGUUCUCAUCACUUCUCUUCCUAAGCACUGAGCUGGAUGACGAAGGAGAGUAUCAGUGCAAAGCACAGAACGAGAUUGGAUCAGCAAUCAGCACUAUGGAACUUCUGGUAAAUGAACUCAGUGACCUUGAAGAUCAGAGUAAACCAGAGUUUUCAGAGAAAUUGAAAGAGGUCAGCACAUUUGAAGGUGAUACUGCAGUCUUUAGCGUAAAGGUUCAAGGCUUUCCACUUCCUGACGUUCAGUGGUACUCGUCUGAACGGGAAAUUUUAAAAAAUGAGCGGUUUGUUACAGAUUCUACUGUAGAUGGUCGCCACACGCUCACUAUCAAUGACUGCGUAACUAAAGACAAAGGGAGAUACAAAUGUGUUGCAUCCAAUGUAGUUGGGAAGGCUGUGUGUUCAGCUGGGUUGACAGUUAAGGAAAAGUUAAUCCCACCCCAAUUUUCAGACCAAGAUAGUGGAGCUCCGAUGUUGAUUGAUGAAGGAAGCGAUGUUACGCUGCAAGUUGAAGUAACUGGAAAGCCAAAGCCGUCCACUAAGUGGUACAAAGACGACCAACCAAUUAGUCGAACCAGUAGCAAGUACAAGACUGAUGUUCUAGGAGAGAGGCAGUCUCUCAAUAUUGUCGCUGCAACACCAGAAGACUCUGGAAUUUAUCAGUGUAGAGCUACCAGCCCGUCUGGGACAAUAACGAGAACCUUCGAUGUUAAUAUAAAAGCAAAACAACCGGAGGGCGAGUCUCCCAAGUUCAUUCAGCCCUUAAAGUCCAAGGAGGUGUUCGAAGGUAGUGCUGCAAAGCUUGAGGUCAGGAUAUCGGGUGAGCCAGGGCCGAAAGUGGAGUGGUUUAAAGAUGAACAACCAAUAGAAGAAGGUGGCAACUUCAGAAUUGAAUUUGACGACACUGAUGGCUGUACGCUCGUCAUCAAUUCUACCAAGACGAGUCAUGAAGGUCUGUACAAGUGCGUGGCUUCAAAUUCAUUUGGAAAAGCUAACUCUGAGGCAGAGUUGCUGGUUACAGGAGACGAUGAAAAUGAAGUGGAGUCCCCAGAAAACUUAGUAACGGUGGAAAAAAGUGUACCGAUAAGUUCAGUACCUUUUGGACCAGUGGAAGUUGCACUCCCAGUUAAAGAGGAGAGCCUUCCUUCAACCUACAAGGAGAAACGUGAAGUGUCAGAGAAAGAGCUUCCACAAAGUAGACCUUCUUUUGAAGCUGUUCAGCUUGUUUUACCUGGACCAGGAGAUGUGCCUUUGAUACCAGACACUAUUUCAGCCUUGGAAUACGAGCCAGUUCAACUGACACUGCCGGGUGCGGAUGAACCCAUUCUGCCUGACUUUAUGGAUGUUCCUAAUGACUUAAAGGUAAAUGAAGGUGCCAAGGUGGUUCUCAAAGUGAGGGUAAUUGGACAACCUGUGCCUGAAGUUACAUGGUUUGUAGAUGACGAGCCAGUGCAACCAAGUGACAAUAUUUCUAUUCGUUCUGAUGGAGAUAAGCAUGAGCUUAUUAUUCAUGAGGCAGAAGUGGAUGAUGAAGGGAUGUACAAAUGUGUAGCAAAAAGUGAGGCAGGAAAAGCUAUCUGCGAAGUGGAAUUGCUCGUAGAAGAAGCAAGAAAGCCAAAAACAGAGGAAUCCCUUGAAGUUCAAAUCACAAAGGAGCUGGAGGACGUUGAAGUUGAUGAAGGAGAACCAGCAACUUUGGAGAUCUGUUUUGUGAGUCGAGACAAACCAGCUGUGUCCUGGUUCAAGGAAAUGAAGCCUGUAGAACCGAACAAGAGAGUCAAAAUUAUAACAGAUGAGCAAAGCAGUAAGCUGAUUAUCAAGAAGACCGUCGGUGAAGAUGAGGGACUUUACAAGUGUUCAGUUAAAAGUGGGACUUGGGAAAUGAAUUCCUCUGCAGAACUUAUAGUUGAAGAACCAAGUGACGACGAAAAAGUGAUACUCAGGAAGCCUGUUCUGGUUCAAAAAUUUUCUGAUGGGGACAUUGUGGAGGGGGAAAAGCUUGAACUGCAGAUCAAAGUGAUUGGCUCCAAACCUGUCACUGUCACGUGGUACAGAGACGAUGAAAAGAUAGAAGCAGACGAUCACUGCAAAUUACUCUCAGACGACGAGAUUCAUGUGCUCAGAGUAAACCAAGCAGAAAUCGACGACGAGGCCAUAUACAAGUGUGUAGUGAAGAAUCCUGCAGGACAAGAUCAGUGUGAGGCACAAAUCCUGGUUGAAGAAAAGACUGAUUCUGUGGAAUUUGUUGAUGCAGAAUUCAGUGAAAACGCUCCUCAUUUCAUCUCACGUUUGCCAGAAGAGAUAGAGGUUCUUGAAGGUGACUUAACACGGCUUGACUGUCGAAUAGGACUUGCGGCAGAAGUUUCUUGGUUUAAAGAUGACGAACCUUUGGAGGAGGACGAUCGCAUCACCAUUGAAAACGAGGGUGAUUCUUCUGCAGUUGUCAUCUCCUGUACAGAAUUAGACGAUGAAGGUGACUACAAAUGUGUAGUGCAAAACGAGUUUGGAAGAGCCAUGUGUCAGACUGAGCUAAUUGUGGAAGAAGGUGUUAGUAUGCCACUGAUUAAGGAGUCGCUGAAGAACCUUGAGGCCAAUGAAGGUGAUGUGGUUAAGUUUGAGGUUCGUAUCACAGGUAACCCUGAACCGGUGGUGGAAUGGUUCAAGAACGGGAGUCAGUUGCAAGACGAGGGACGUGUGAUCAUUGUUGACGAUGCUGAUGACAAUGACGAAGAGCUCUUUUGUCUCGUCAUUGAGGAUUGUGAAGUUGGUGAUUCUGGGACGUACAAGGUCGUGGCAAUGAGUGAGGCUGGAACUGCCAAUUGUGAGUGCAGCCUGAAUGUUACUCGUACUCAGGUUCCGCCGGAGUUCAAAGAUGAAAUGGAAGAGGUGCCUAUGGAAGGCUCUCAAGGCGACAAUGUGUCUAUGGUUGUGAAUACUGGUCGGUUACCCUCACCAGUAAUUGCAUGGUUCAAGGACGAAGAGCCAGUCGUGUCCAGUUCUCAUCUUGAGAUCUCACAGGACCCCGAUCACUCUAAGCUAAUGGUUCAUCAUGUCACCCCAGAAGACUCCGGUACUUACAAGUGUGUUGCAACUAGUGUAAUGGGUACAAUUACCAAGAAGUUUCUUCUUAAUAUAGAAGGAUCAGAACCUAAAUUAGAACAGACAAUAAGUACUUCCGACUUGCAAGCAGAACCUGUAAGAGAUGUUGCCGCACCGGUGUUCCUAAAAAAGAUGGAUGCUGUUGUAAUUAAUGCUGGAGAGGAGGCCCGAUUUGAUGUUAGAGUUUCUGGCGUUCCAGAACCUAAAGUUGUAUGGUAUCGGGGGUCAAAUGAGGUGAAAGAUGAAGGACGAUUUGUGCACAUUGAUGCCAUUGAAGAAGAUCUGUUCACAUUGGUUAUUGAAAGCAGUGAAUCAGGAGAUGCUGGUCAAUACAAGUGCGUUGCUUCCAACGAAGCUGGUCAAACGUCAUGUGAAGCUCAGUUGAUUGUACGCGAAAAGGAAGUUGACAAAAAACCUCUCAAUGAAAAUGUUCAAGCUAAACCACGAGAAGAGGCCCCCAACUUCUCACAGCCACUGCAGACAGUUGAGGUCAUAGAAGGAACUGAAGCCACUCUUAAGUGUAUGGUCACAGGCAAUCCAGAGCCUAACAUAGCUUGGUUUAAAGAUGGUGACACUGUGGCAGAGGAGAAAAGAUACAAAACUCGAUAUAAUGGAGAGCAAGCCACUUUAAAAAUCCAGAAUACAGAAUUGGAUGAUGAGGGUGAAUACAAGUGCGUUGCUGAAAAUCACCUCGGUUCAGCCUCUUGUUCCGCUGAACUCCUUGUUAAUGAACCAAACACUAUGCCUGAGUUUGAAGAAAAAAUGAAACCAGUUGAUAUCAUUGAAGGAGAACUUGCACAAUUUUCUGUGAAAGUGGCAGGUAAUCCACCUCCUGUUAUAGACUGGUUUAAGGGAAAAGAUAAAUUGGAGGACGAAGGGCGAAUUGAAAUCAUUGAUAACGAAGACAGUGGUAAUUACACACUUAUAAUCAAUGACACGCUCUUAGGGGAUGCUGGGACAUACAAGUGCAUAGCUUUGAAUGAAGAAGGUGAAAGGUCAUGCAAAGCCGCCUUGGCAGUAAGGGAAGCUGUUACUAAACCUGAAAUAGAAAUUGAACCAGAAGCGACUCCGUUGAAAGUAGCAGGGGGUGAUGUUGUCAGUCUUAGUGCGAUCGUGAAAGGAAAACCUGUUCCCACAGUCGACUGGUACAAAGAUGAUGAGAAGCUGCGGGAAACAAGCCGUUUGAAGAUAGAUGCCAAAGAUGGCGAACACUCUCUUCUUAUUCUGGAAGCCAAACCUGAGGACUCUGGGGUGUACAAGUGUCAGGCAAAGAACAAAGGUGGUAACGUGGAAAAAACCUAUCAUGUCGACAUAAAAGCCGCACCGCCCGAAGGUAUUGCACCAGUAUUCAUAGAGUCCCUACAGACAGUAGAGGUAGUGCAGGGGUCACCCGCCAAGCUGCAGUGUAGAGUUACUAGCAAACCAGAACCAACUAUCGACUGGUUCAGAGACAACGAACCGGUGAAGGAAGAUAAGAGGGUCAAGAUCCGUUUUGACGGCGAAUUGUGCACUUUGAAGAUCUUAGAAACUGAGCUUGAAGAUGAGGGCGCUUACAAAUGCUUUGCAAAGAAUGAAUUUGGAUCUGUCUCCUGCACGUCGGAACUUCUAGUUAACGAACCAUACAAGAAACCGGAGUUCACACAGAGAAUGAAACCCGUUAAUGUCACUGAAGGAGAGGCAGCACGGUUUGAUGUCACUGUGGAAGGAAAUCCAAUUCCAGUGGUGGAUUGGUUCCGUGGCAAAGACAAACUGGAAGACGAUGGUCGUUACGUGAUGAUGAAUGACGAAGAGGCAGGCAUCUCCACACUGAUCAUCGAGGACACUCUUCUUGAAGAUGCAGGAACGUACAAAUGCAUAGCUGCGAACGAGGAAGGACAGGCAAGUUGUAAAGCUGCUCUUGCUGUCAAAGAGAAAAUGAUGACACCAGAGUUCACGGACGAAGAACAAAGCCUUCCAUUUAACUUUAUGGAAGGAGAUGAGGCACGCUUAACUGUAGGUAUUAAAGGCAAGCCUGUACCAACUGUGGAGUGGUACAAAGAUGACAAAAAGGUAAGAAAAACCAGCAGAAUAAGAAUGGACGAAAAGGAUGGCAAGUUCUCUUUGGUGAUUUUAGAUGUUACUUCUGAAGACAAGGGAAGCUACAGAUGUGAAGCCUCAAGCAAGGCAGGCACUGUCACUCGUAGAUUUGAUGUAAACGUAGCAGAAAAGAGCCCGGAAGGAAAAGCACCGGAAAUUGUGGAACCUUUAAAGUUUGUUCAGGUCCUUGAAGGUUCUCCUGCCGAGUUAAAAUGCCAAAUAAGCGGACAGCCCAAGCCAACGGUGGAGUGGCUUAGAGGCAACGAGAAAGUGAAGGAGUCCGAGCGUAUACAGUUUGUAAGUAAUAAUGAAACCUUCUCUCUGAAUUUCAAGGAAACCGAACUUGACGAUGAAGGUGACUACAAAUGUGUUGCCCAGAAUGAGUUUGGCAGUGUGUCUUGCUGGGCUGAAUUUCUUGUAAACAAACCAGCUGCAAAACCGGAGUUCAGGGAGAAAAUGAAGCAUGUCACUGUCCAGGUUGGUCAACAAGCCAGGUUUGAUGUGCUUAUUACGGGAGUACCCAGGCCACAAGUUGAUUGGAUGAAAGACGGUAAGAUAUUGGAAGAACCAGCUGAGCGAUUUACUUUUCUGGAUGAUGAGGAUGAGGAAGAUGAAGGGCGCUCCUCACUUACCAUUGAGGACGUAAAACUAGAAGAUGCUGGAAAAUACGGAUGUCUUGCAUUCAAUGAAGAAGGUGAAGUAUUCUGCGAGGCCAACCUUUUAGUGCAAGAGACCCUGAUUGCCCCUGCGUUUGUUGACGAAGCUGAAAGUGCCCCAAUUCUUGCUGAAGAGGGAGGUGAAAUCAAUUUGAGUGCAGAACUGAGGAAAAGCCAACCAGAACUGAAAGUUGAAUGGCUCAAAGAUGACAAAACAGUCAAAGAGGAUCAACGUUUGAAUCGUUUUGUCAUAGAGGACACACACAUGCUGAAAAUUACGGGGGUUGUCCCAGAAGAUUCUGGGUUGUACAAGCUUAAGGCUAGUGGCAAAGCGGGCUCUGUAGAGAGGGAGUUUGAUGUACAAAUUUCAGCCAAGCAGCCAGAGGGCGAUGAACCACAAUUUACAGAACCCUUACAAGCAGUAGAAGUGAAAGAGGGCGAUGCGACUAAACUUCAUUGUACAGUUACCGCUGAACCACCCCCGACCUUUGAGUGGCUAAAAGAUGGAGUUCGAGUGAAAGAGAGCAGAAGAGUUAAAGUGGAUAGUGAUGGGAUGACAUCCUCUCUCUCUUUUAAAGACGCGAGGCCAGAUGACAAAGGAGAAUACAAAUGUGUUGCCUCUAACGCAUUCGGUUCUGCUUCGUGCGCAGCAGCGUUGAAAGUGAUGGUUCUAUCUAAACCAGACUUUAAAGAGAAAUUGGGAGGGGUUGAAGUAGUUGAGGGUGAUUGUGCCAGCUUUGACGUUGUUGUAGUCGGUUAUCCUGAACCGUUUGUUGAGUGGUACAGAGGGACCAUAAAACUACAGAAUGACGAGCGCACUGAGAUCAAAGAGGUUAAGGAUCUUGCCCGUUUUUCUCUUACCAUUAAGGAUGUUAGUCGUGAUGAUGCUGGGAUCUAUAAAUGCGUGGCCUUCAAUGAAGCUGGAAAGACCACAGUACGUGGUGAGCUCUCUGUGAAGGAGAGGCUGUUUGCUCCUGAAAUUCCUGAAGGACAGGAAGAGGCUCCCAUUACAGUUACAGAAGGCGAUGACUGUAAUUUGAAUACAACAAUCGUUGGGAAGCCGAAACCUGACGUGAAAUGGUACAAAGACGAUAAACCCCUUCGCGAGAGUACAAGGCUUGACAUCAAAGCGCGUGGAGAUAAACACUCUGUAGUGAUUCUUGGAAUCCAGACGAAUGACUCUGGUGUUUAUAAGUGUGAAGCUAAGAGUAAGAUGGGAACUGCAACCAGAAAGUUUGAUGUCAGAGUACGAGCCGAGAAACCGAAAGGAAUAGCACCAGAAAUCUUAACACCCCUCCAAAACCUUACAGUUGUGGAAGGUAAACCAGCAAACUUGGAGUGUGAGGUAAAAGGAGAACCACAACCCAAUAUUGAAUGGUUUAAAGAUGGCGAGAAAGUGAAACAGUCGGAGCGCAUCAACUUGAACUUUGAAGGCAAUUUUGCUUCUUUAUCGUUCAAACCAGCUGAGCUUGACGAUGAGGGUGAGUACAAGUGCGUGGCUCGUAACGAGCUCGGCAGUGUGUCAAGCGAAGCAGAGCUUCUGGUGGAAGAAGCUGAAACCAAACCAGACUUUAAAGAAGAGCUGAAGAAUAUCAGUGUCUUGCCAAGGGCCGAAGCCAGGUUUGAUGUGCGUGUUAUGGGUGUACCGCCACCAGAAGUUGACUGGUUUAAGGGAAAACAAAAGAUCGAAGAUGAGGGUCGCUUUAUUUUGAUUGAUGACGAAGAGGACGACCUGUUUUCUUUAGUGAUUGAAGAGGCAAGGCCAAGUGACAGCGGUGAAUAUGAGUGUGUUGCAUUCAAUGAAGUCGGUGAAGUUUCAUGUAAAAGUAAAUUAAUUGUUGGAGAAACGCUGAUCCCACGAGAAGAGGCUGAGGAAGCUGAAAGUGCGCUGCCUGCGGUUGAAGAAUCCAUCACUGUACCUGAGUCAGCUGCCAAGGUCGAGAGCGCUCUUGUUAUGGAACAGGAAGGAGGGGAUGUGAAAGCUAAGAAACCAGAAGGAAAAGCACCGGUAUUUUCUGAAUCUCUUCAACCCGUGGAGGUAAAGGAAGGAAGUGAUGCCAAACUACAGUGCACUGUGACUGCUGAACCCAAACCUAAAAUCGAGUGGUUUAAAAAGGGAGUGCAGAUGAAGGAAAACAGACGGGUCAAGUUUGAAAGUGAUGGCGACUCCUUUGCUGUAACAAUUAGGGAUGCCAGAUCUUUUGAUGAAGGAGAAUACAAGUGCGUGGCUACCAAUGAGAUUGACUCAGCAUCCUGUGCGGCCACUCUAACAGUGCGAGUCGUAGCUAAGCCAGAAUUCAAGGACAAACUCAAAAGAGUCGAAGUGAUGGAAGGAGACUCUGCGCAAUUUGAUACUCGAGUAGUUGGUUACCCUGUGCCUGAGCUACAGUGGUUUAAAGGGAUUAGUAAGCUGAAGAGCGAAGGUCGAAUUGAGUUUAAAGAGAAUUCUGAAGACAAUAUGUUUUCACUUGAAAUCCGUGAUACCCAGCGUGACGAUGCUGGGAUGUACAAGUGUGAAGCCUCAAACGAAGGGGGUAAAACCACAUGCCGAGCGGACCUCAUAGUAAAGGAGAGGCUUUUCGCCCCCGAAAUUUCAGGAGACCAAUCUGAGGCUCCCCUUACUGUGACUGAAGGCGGAGAAGUUAGUUUGGAUGUCACAAUCAACGGAAAACCAAAACCUGACGUGAAAUGGUACAAAGAUGACAAACCCCUUCGCGAGAGUACCAGACUAGACAUUAGAGCACGUGGAGAUAAACACUCUGUGGUGAUUCUUGGCAUCAGGGCGGAUGACUCCGGUGUUUACAAGUGUGAAGCUAAGAGUAAGAUGGGAACUGCCACCAGAACGUUUGAUGUCAGGGUACAAGCUGAGAGGCCUAAAGGAAGUGCCCCAGAGUUUACCUUUCCUUUGCAAUCAGUUGAAGUAUCCGAAGGGACCAAAGUGAAACUUUCCUGUACUCUGAAGGGGACUCCGCAACCAACCAUCCAGUGGCUUAAAGAUGGAGAACCAUUAGAGACCAACAAAGGAGUUACAGCUGACUUUGAUGGAGAACUUGCUUCUUUGUCAUUUAGUGCAGCGGAACUUGACGAUGAGGGUGAUUACAAAUGUAUUGCUCAAAAUGAGCUGGGUACUGCAUCCUGCUCUGCAGAACUUCUCGUAAACGAAGCUGAUAGUAAACCAGAAUUUACCGAAGCUAUGAAGGACAUCGAAGUAGCUGAAAACAAAGAAGGAAGGUUUGAUGUGCGUGUAACAGGAUAUCCUAAACCAGCUGUGCAAUGGCUUAAAGGAGCUGACAAGAUCGAAGAUGCUGGAAAAUAUAUUUUGAUUGACGAUGAGGAAGAUGAUCUCUUCUCUCUUGUAAUUGACGAUGUUUCCCCAGAUGAAGCCGGUACUUACACCUGCAAAGUAACUAAUAACGUUGGAGAGGCCGCCUGCGAAGCUGAACUUAAACUGAAGGAGAGUAUAGCGGCCCCUGAAUUUGCUGACGAGGAGGAGACAGGCCCAAUCACAGCAGUUGAAGGUGGCGAGGUGACAUUGUCUGUUGCCGUAAAAGGCAAACCUCGUCCUGAUGUUGAGUGGUUCAAAAAUGAUAAGCCACUGAAAAAAACAAGUCGUCUGGACGUAAGAUCCCGAGACGACAAGUUCUCUUUAGCUGUUAUGAAUGUCUCACCAGAGGACUCUGGCCUUUACAAGUGUGUGGCUAGCAGCAGGGUUGGACGCGUUAUUAGAACAUUCCAAGUGAAUAUCGAAGGAAAAAAAGCAAAGAAACCUAAAGGAGUGGCACCACAAGUUACACAGCCUUUAAAAGCAACGCAGAUUGUAGAGGGAAAUCCUGUAAGACUGAAAUGUCGCAUGACUGGAUCACCAGAACCCACGGCAGAGUGGUUAAAAAAUGGAGAACAAGUCGAACUUAGUCAAAGGAUCAAAGCUGAUGUAAUAGGCGAUAUGUGUCAAUUGUCCUUCGCUGAAACGCAAGAAGACGAUAGUGGAUCUUAUAAAUGUGUCAUUAAAAACGAUCUAGGGUCGACUUUUUCAGAAGCAGAACUUGUCGUGACCAUACCAAUUGUAGCACCCAAAUUUAAGGAAAAGCUAAAAGGUUUACAGGUGAAUGAAGGCGAACAAGUUCAGCUUGAUGUACGGGUUAGCGGAAAUCCUACGCCGAACGUUUCUUGGUUCCGUGGACCUCAAGCUAUCAUUAACGAAGGGCGAUUUAUUGUUAAAGCAGACGACGGGGAUGAAUUAUAUUCUCUAAUAAUUGAUGAAACAACUUUAGAUGACAGUGGUACUUACAAAUGUGUUGCGUCUAACGAGGCAGGAAAAGCCACAUGUCGUGGGGAAUUAGAAGUUAAUGAAAAGCUUACGGCUCCAGAAUUUGCAGGCGUGUUCAGUGACGCUCCAGUUAUCUUCAGAGAAGGGGAAGAAGUUUCGAUGGAAGUUACAAUACGAGGAAAACCUGCUCCUGACGUUGAGUGGUAUAAAGAUGAACUUAGUGUCAGAAAGUCAUCAAAUAUGACCACCCUGGUCAAAGGAGAGAAACAAACACUUCUCAUAUACAACGCCAAGCCAGCUGAUUCUGGAGUGUAUAAAUGUGUGGCAAAGAGUAACAUGGGAACAGCAAUGCGGACGUUUAACAUCACCGUAGAAGCCAAGAAACCCAAAGGCUCAGCGCCGGAGUUUUUCAAGCCUCUAAAGAAAAUAGAAGUUGUUGAAGGCAGUAGUGCUAAAUUAGAGGGCUGGGUUCAUGGAAAGCCAGAACCAAGUAUCGAAUGGUACAAAGACGAUGAACUUGUCACAUCUAAUAGACGAGUGAAAACCUACUUCGACUCGGAAGUUUGCAGACUGACAAUUUCUGAUACUGUUGCUGAUGACGAAGGGGAAUAUAAAUGUGUAGCAACCAAUGAACUUGGCAGUGUGUCGUGCUCCGCAGAGCUGCUUGUUAAUGAAGCUGUUAUAAUACCAGAGUUUGAGGAGAAAUUGAAGCACACUGAAGUUAUUGAGGGUGAUACCGCGCGAUUUGAUGUCUGCGUGGUUGGCAAUCCUAAGCCUGUUACUGAAUGGUCAAAGGGUGGAAAAGCUAUCGUCAGUGGAGGAAGAUUUAAAAUUGUGUAUUCUGAGGACAGCAAUGUACAUUCCUUAUUUAUUGAGAAUGUGUCAUUAGAUGACUUCGGAAGCUAUAAAUGCGUUGCGUCUAACGAAGCUGGAAGAAUGCAAUGUUCUGCACGGCUUGAUGUAAAAGAGAGACAGAUUGCGCCAGAGUUCUCCGAUGAAUACGGUGAUUCACCAAUAGAAAUUAAGGAAGGCGAUGAACUUAAGAUAAACGUGACAAUUCGGGGGAAUCCAAGUCCAGACGUAGAAUGGUUUAAAGAUGACAAGCCAUUUAAAAGAACAAGUCGCGGAAAUAUAUCAGCGCGAGGAAAUAAAUUUGGUAUCACAAUCUUCACUGUUACUCCCGAGGACUCUGGAGUGUAUAAAUGUGUUGCGAAGAGUGCUGCAGGUACAACGACUAAAACCUUCCAGGUUGAUAUCGAAGGCAAGAAACCUGCACCCAGAUUCACUCAACCGUUGGAAGAGACUCAAGCUACCAUCGGAAUGACAGCGAGACUGAAAUGUCGCCUAAAUGCCACAGCCAAACCUAAUAUUGAAUGGAAAAAGAAUGGUCAACCUGUUAGUGAAAACCGACGGGUGAAAACAGAGUUGGAGGGUGACCUCAUCUCACUGGUCAUCUCGGACGCUAGGUUUGAAGAUAGCGGAGAAUACCAGUGUGUUGUUAAGAAUAAGAGUGGAACUGCGUCUUGUAGUACGCGUCUUUUUGUGAGCGAAUCGACGAGUAAACCAGAGUUCAGAAAAGUGAUGAAUGAUCUGGAAUUACUAGAAGGAGAUGACGCCGUUUUUGAGAUUGCAGUUAAUGCCAAGCCCGACCCCAAGGUGCAAUGGUUCUUAAGAAAAAUGCCCAUCAAGAGUGAAGGAAAGUACACCAUCGAUGAAGACUCAGAGCGGCAGAGGUUUUCACUCACUAUAAGCGAUUGCCACACAGAGGACAGUGGUCAGUAUCGGUGCCUUGUAACAAACAGCGCUGGUGAAGCCGCGAGUUCAGCUGAGCUCAAAGUCAGUGAUAGACAAGUGGCACCCAGAUUUAUUCAAGGCACAGAGGAGCAGCUGUUUGAGGUUUGGGAAGGAGCUCCUGUCAAGCUUGUGGUGCAAGCCAGAGGGAAGCCCACCCCUCAAGUGGAAUGGUUUAAGGAGAAUCGCCUGGCUCGGAGAGUCAAGCGAGUUGAGCUGGAGACCGAAGGUGACCAGAGCAUUCUGUUGAUUCCCAAGGCAGUCCCAGAUGAUUCAGGGAAUUACCGAGUUGAAGCCACGAACUCCGCUGGAACAGCUGUCAAACCAUUUGUUGUUAAAGUUAAUGCUCAAAAGCUUGUUCUUAGACGAGAACCAGUUCCUGCCGGAGCUGUAAAACCAGAAUUCAUUCAGCGACUUCAGGACGUUGAGAUCGUUGAAGGGAGUGCUGCUAAGUUUGAUGUCCGUGUCAAAGGGACACCCGAGCCGGAGGUGGACUGGUACAAAGACAACCGUGUGAUACGUGAAGGCGGUCGAAUGAGAUUCUUGUUUGAAGACGACGGUUUGUGUUCACUGCUCAUAAGAGAGGCUGAAUCAUCUGACCGAGGGCGAUACAAGUGCGUGGCGAGUAAUCCAGCCGGCAAAGUUCAGUGCAGUGCAGAACUAUUCAUAGAGAGCCAUGGUUUUGAUUCUACCAGUGGCUCUGAUUACGAGAGACGUCUUUCACGAGAGUCAACUUUUGAUAUGCUGUCGGACGACACAGAAGAUGAAGUUGAAUCAUCCUCCUCAAGUGGUCCACCUAAGCUUCCUCCAGACAUAACGCUUGUGUUACGCAACCGUGACGUGAAGGAGGGUGGCGUGACAAAGUUUGCUUGUCGAGUGGUUAGCAGUAGUAGCGUGACUGCUGAGUGGUACAAAGAUGAUCAGCUUGUCAAUAAAUGGCCCCGCUUCACUUGUGAACGUGAUGAGGAUCUUUAUGCUUUGAACAUCACAGACGCCAAGAGGACAGAUGCAGGACACAUUCGAUUUGUGGCAAGGAACGAGUUUGGUCAGGUUGAGAGCAAUGCAUACCUCAAUGUUGAACCUGACAUGGAACCUGAAUUCGAAGGAAACACACCAAGGUUUACUCAGAAACUUAAAGAUGUUGAUGCAGUGCCCGGUAAAACGGCGAGACUGGAGUGCCGUGUGAUCGGCGACCCGCGGCCGGAUAUCCGAUGGUACAGAGAGAACGAACCCUUGCUCGAGGGAGGGAGGUACAAGUUUGAGGAUGAUGAUGACAGACAAGUGCUUGUCAUAGAUGACGUGUGCGGAAGUGACGAAGGCAUGUACAAGUGCGUGGCAAGGAACAGCGCCGGCAAGGCUCACUGCUCAGCAGAUUUGUAUAUAUUACAAACAGAUGACGAAGAGAGCGAAUCAGCUGGUGAACAAGAACCAGAGGAAGAGAAACGAAAACAACGUGUUUCUACGGAAGCAUCACCAGUGAUUGAGACCCUCAUCUCGCCUGAUUCAGCUCAGGUAGAGAAGUCAGAACCACCCUUGCCAACAACUCUAAAAACACAAUCCAAACCGGAACCUCCAAAACCAAAAGAACGUCUCCGACAACCAGAAUUUAUUCUAAAGCUUCGAGAUAAGUCAGCGGUUGAAGGCAGCUCAGUUCGCUUGGCAUGUCGGGCCAUGGGAACACCGGAACCUGGAUUCCAGUGGUACAAGGAUGGCGAACCAAUUAGCGCAGGAGGACGGUUUGACAUCAACCAAUCAGUGAGCGGAUUUACGCUUGUGAUCAAAGAAUGUCAGUUGGAAGACUCCGGUGAAUAUCAAUGUGAAGCCACAAACAAAGUAGGCAGCGUCAGCACCUCCGCUAAAGUCACUAUUACAGCACUCUCCAAACCUCGUCAAGAAGUAACGGUUAGUCCAAAAUUUGAACAGAAUUUCAGUGAGACAAAAAUCACUGAGGGGGAAGACGUUAAACUGACAGCUAAGGUGUCGGGUAAUCCAGUCCCAGAUGUGAUAUGGCAGAAGGGAGGCAAGCCAAUCAGAGAAGGCCGUCGAAUUAAGAUUGACAAGAGCAAAAAUGGGGUGCAUUCACUUCGUAUACCACGUGCACAGGCUGAUGAUGGAGGAGAGUACACGUGCAUAGCAAGAAACAAGGCAGGGGAGGCUUCAUGUUCUGCUAAGCUUACUGUUGAAGCUCCCAAGCCAGAAAUCAAGGAGGGUGUUAUGUCACUUCCUAAGAAGCCAGUUGACGAGGACAUUGUAGUAAUGGCCACAGACAUUCCAGUGUCGCGUGAACGUGAGCUUGAGAGUGGUACUCCUGCGACCCCUCCUAAGUUUGAUCAGACGAUGCAGACAGCAGAAGUUAUAGAAGGAAGCGCGGCGCGAUUUGAUGUCACGGUCACUGGAAGCCCUGUCCCGAAAGUACGCUGGCUAAAGGAUGACAAACUGCUUGAGGAGAACCGAAAAAUCCGGUUUGAUGAGGAUGACGACGGAGUGUUCUCCCUAUUUGUUAAUGAUGUUGUUGUAGACGAUGAGGGCGUGUACAAGUGUGAAGCAACAAAUGUCAAAGGAGAAGUGACCUGCAGCGCAGAGCUAAUAGUAGAAGGCCUUGAAGAAUCAACAGGAGAUGAGAGUGAGGAAACUUCGGAAGAUGAGUUACAGUCCAAGGAAGAACUUCCAAUAAAGGAGGCGCCGAAACCUACUGACAAGAAAGUGGCGCCCCCACCUGCACCAAAACCAAAGCCUGCAGUUAAAUCAGUUCCAAAACCGGUUUUCUCAUCAGAGCUUCAAGACAAACAGGUUAAAGAAGGAGACAAUCUGACGCUAGACGUUCGAGUACCAAUCGAGUGCAAAGCCGAGGUUACGUGGUACAAAGACGACCAUGCUCUGAAAGAGGACCAUCAUAUUGCCAUUAUCUCCGCUGGAGAGAUGCAAGCAGUUAACAUCUUCGAUGUGUCAGUCAAAGAUGAGGCGGUCUACCGUUGUGUUGCCGCCAAUGAUGCUGGAUCAGUUUCUACUGAUUGUGAAGUGCUUGUUGAAGAGAAAGUCAAAGUUCCCCAAACAGUAAUGAACCGCGGUCGCCUUUCCCAAAUGGCGCCCGAAUUUGUUCAAGAAUGUAGCGACCUAUGUGUGGUAAAGAAUUCCACUGCACAACUAGAAAUAAUAGCCGCUGGCAGCCAACCACUGCAGAUUCGAUGGUUUAAAGACAACGAGCCGAUCAAGUAUGGAAAGCGGUUGAAGUUGUCGUCUGAUGGAGAACAUUGCUCGCUUAAGAUUUCUCCUAUUGAGAUUCAGGAUCAAGGAAUUUACAAGUGUGUUAUAUCUAAUAAGGCUGGAACCCAGUCCUGCGAGGCCAAGUUAACAGUGGGAGAAUCGGUAGACUUUAAAGAAAGUACCGAUGGCACAGCCCCAGGUUUCCCAGUGGCAAAGCGGCCAUCCAGGUCAAAGAGUGGUGCUAAACCGACUAUUGUCUCUCCACUGGAGGACAUUGAAGUUAAUGAUGGAGAAAAUGUCACUUUAGAGGUGACUUCCGGUCCUGAACCCAUUGACAACAUCGAGUGGUUCAAAGACAAUGACCUCAUCCGCUCUCAGCCUCGGUUCACUCAGUCAUCAGCGGGCGAGCAACACACCUUGGACAUUCAGUCAGUUACUGUCGAUGACGAAGGAAUUUAUAAAUGUGUGCUGCUCAAUAGCUGGGGCAUUGCUUCGUGUUCGGCUGAAGUCCUAGUGGAAGAAUCAAUGUCAGAAUCUUCAUCCCAAGAUGACGAACAACUUGAAAAGUUUAACGCCCGUAUGGAACGUCGGAGAUCACGUGACAGUGUCUGCGAGCCAGAAUUCCAACAAGAGCUUAGCAACAGCGAUGUCUUUGUUGGGGAUACUGUAUACUUUACUGUCAAGUCAAGGGGCAUACCGGAACCGAAAGUCUCAUGGUACAGGAACGGAGAGCUCGUGAAGGAAGACUCUCGAGUGAAGUUUAUCAAAGAUUCGCAGAGUGGAAACUAUUCCCUUCUUAUCAACAAAGUGACCGUGGAGGACGAGGGCGAGUAUCGUUGUGUGGCUUCCAACAUGGGGGGAUCUGUUGCCUGUCAAGCAAAACUUUUGGUUAAAGGGCAUAAUCAAGGUGAAGCGCCUUCAUUCACAGCGCCGCUGACCGAUCGCUCUAUCGAAGAUAGCAGUGCAGCUAGGUUUGAUGUGCGUGUGCGCGGAAAACCUGCUCCAACAGUCUCUUGGUACAAAGACGGAAAAGAGAUCAGUGAUGAACAGUUUCCACACAUCAAAGUUUUGCAGGAGGAAGACUUGUUCUCUAUUCUGAUAACAGAAGGCAAGUUUGAAGAUGCUGGAACGUAUAAAGUGGUCGCCAAAAACGUUGUGGGAGAAGUGUCUUCUACUGGAAUGUUAUUUGUUGAAGGAGCCGAUCAGCUGCCACCCUUUGCUGGAGGAAAACCUCCGCGUAAGAACUCAGGCCUCUCAAGAGUUGAAGAGGUUCUGACGCUCAAGCUGUACACAGCCAUUGAGGACUUCUAUUCAGAAGAGACUGGAAAUAAAUUUCUUAAGAGGGGCGACAAAGUUGAAGUACUAGAUACAAGCCGACCUGAGUUCUGGCUGGUCAGACGAGUGUCACGUGGGUCAGAGAUUGGAUUUGUACGUCACACAUGCCUGAAAAGAGACGACGACGGGGAUGAAACCACAGACGCACCGGUGAUAGGAGAGAAACAAAAGUUUGUAUGUAUCACCAACUACACGGCCCAGUCCCCCGAUGAGGUCUCGGUAAAUGAGGGUGACAUGUUAGAGAUCCUUGACGACGUAGGCAUGGAGAGCUCGAUGGUCUGCGUUAUUCCUACCGGCGCCGUCGGGUGGUUACCAAGGGUCUUUAUCAUAAGGGCCCCUGAAGAGGAUGUGAAGAAGGCCCCAAAGACUGCUAAAGGGAAAGAGAGGGAAGCACUUAAUCAGCGAGAAUUCGUGCUUAACGAACUGAUAGAAUCUGAAAGGCAGUAUGUUAACGACCUUCGAACUGUUGUUGAGAGUCACCUAGCUGAACUUGAUGCUGCUGAUAUUCCUGAAGAAGUUGUUGAACAUGAGGAUGUUGUGUUUUCCAAUAUCAAGGAAAUAUACGGAUUUCACACAAGACUAUUCUUGCACGAACUGGAGGCUUGUGCAAAGAGUCCAGAUGACGUUCCAAAGGUUAUUGUACGACACAAACCAAAAUUUGAAAUGUACAUCAAGUUCCUCGAGGGAAGGCCGCUGGCAAACGAAAAGCUGGAGAGUGAGGAAACGCAAGAGUUUUGGACGGAGUUCCAAGAAGACACGAAAGAUGCCAUCUCUCUCUCAGAGUACCUUAAAAAACCAGCACAGCGCCUUGAUGAAUACGUCCUGCAUCUUAAGGAAUUGCUCAAGUUCACUGUACGUGCGAAUCUGCAGCACUCGGAUUUUCAGACGGCUCUUGAAUUCCUAGCCAGUCUAUCCCGACGAGGAAAUGAAGCAGCACAAAAAUUCCACAUCGAAGGAUAUAAUGGUGAGGUUCCUCUUGAAAAUCUAGGGAGACUAAUCCGCCAGGAGGUGGUCUUAUUCUGGGAAGAGAAAGCUCGAGGAAAAGGAAAAGAACGGGACUUGUUCUUGUUCGAGAAAGGAAUCGUCAACACGAAAAGAAAAGAAGGAGGAAGAAAAUUCAUCUUUAAAAACAUGCUGAAGCUGACAAGUGGUAAUGUUGGUCUGACUGAACAUGUUGAAGGAGGUGCCCGUCAGUUCAUGGUGUGGGUGGGUACCUCCAUGGCCACUGCUCUUGUACUUCACACAUUUGAGACGAAGACCGAGUGGUCCAAACAGGUCUGGGUUCGAGAAAUCAAAAGGCUGUUACAUCUGAGUGAAAAAUCAUCAAUCACUGCUGUUACACCAUCUCUGGUGUUUGGUGAACUUGGAGUUCAGUUGCCAAGUACUUCAGCCACUGAAGGGAACCUGGUGACCACAGUCAAAGAAACUAUCACUAGUCCCUCUUACUCGCGUUUGAUCGCUGAGCUCGAAAAACAGUAUGUGGCCAUCACACCACCGGACUCACCUGAACCUCAAAGCCUGAACAUUCAACUAGGAGGCACCUACCACUUGUCGGAAGAAACACUGGAACGAGAUACACGCGAGCGCGUAAUCGGCCGCGGUGAACAAGUACGAGUGCUCCGCUCAGGCCGAGAUCUCUACUUCGUGCAAACCGUCAAAGAUGGAGAAACCAAAGAGGGCUGGGUUCCUGGAAGCUGGUUGCUACAAAGAGGUUUUGACGACCAGAUUACAGGCGCCCAAGUCCAGGUUGAGCUGGAAGCUGGUUUAGAAGAUGAUAUUGCACAAGAUUUGAGUUCAGAAGCGUCUGAACCGGAGCUGCAACGGCUCAAAGAAACUGGGGAAGCUCAGCCAAAGUUUACAGAGGAACUUGAAGAUAUCGAAGUGUGUGUCGGCCAACCUGCCAGUCUGCGCUGUCGAGUGGAAGGUGACCCUUUCCCAGAGAUAGAAUGGUUUGUAGAUGAUGACAAAAUCAAGAAAGGGGGAAGAUUCGAUUUUCUCAGUAACGGAGACCUUGUUACUCUGAAAAUUUCCGAAACAAGUGCCGAAGACGAAGGAGAAUACAAAUGUACAGCCAAGAAUGAAAACGGAAUGGCUACCACAAGUGCCGAGCUCAUAGUAAAUGCUCCAGCGAAAAUCGACAAAGCUCCCAAGUCUCAAACGGUCAGCGUUGGGGAUGUGGUCUCUUUUAAAUGUGAAAUUUCUGGAAAUCCCGUCCCGACUGGAACUUGGUACAAAGGCAAAAAAGAGCUAAAGGAUGAAGGAAGAGUGCUUAUAGAAAUUGAAGAGGACUUCUCCGAGCUAGAGAUUGAAAAUGUUGAAACUUCCGACGAAGGAGAAUACAUCUGCCUGGUGAAAAACGACUUUGGGGAGGACAAGUGCACAGUGACUCUGACUGUGAAAGUGGGAGGAGAUGUAAAUGAAAACAACAUCGCUGAAGGUGGUGAUGAAGGUGUAGCGAAAGACGAUGGCGGUGAUGGAGACAGUGACGUAGAAAGCAAAGACCUUGACCUUCCGCUUCGAGAUCCAAUCUCCCUGCGGACGGAUAAGAAAUUUGAUGAUGCAUACGUUUCUCAGAAAGAACUGGGAAAGGGUAAAUUUGGAGUUGUCAAAAAAGUUAAAGAAAAAAGCACCGGGACGGAAUACGCCGCCAAGUUCCUAAAAAUCACCAAGGAGUCAAGGGAAGAAGUUCUGGCAGAAAUGCUUAUCAUGAAUAAACUGCACAGUAAACGGCUGAUCUACCUCCAUGAUGCAUACGAGAGACCAAAGGAGAUGAUUAUAGUCUUGGAACUAAUCUCUGGAGGCGAGCUGUUUGAGAAAGUCUGUAAUGAUGAUAACUUAACUGAGAAAGAGGUUGUGCGGUACAUGAAGCAAAUACUGCAAGGCGUGGAACAUAUGCACAGGAAACGUAUUGUCCACUUGGAUCUUAAGCCUGAGAAUGUGCUUUGUGUGAUUCGUCCUGAUGGUAAGGAGGAUCUUAAGCUGAUUGACUUUGGAAUGGCGCGUGUACUUGAGCCGGGCAAAACCGUGAAAGUGGCCUGUGGUACGCCCGAAUUUGUAGCGCCCGAAGUGAUCAGUUACGAAGCCAUCAGCCUAGCCAGUGACAUGUGGAGUGUGGGCGUCAUAGCAUACGUUUUACUGAGUGGUCUAUCACCCUUCAUGGGAGACGAUGACAACGAGACCAUACAGAACGUGUCCACUGCUGAGUGGGAUUUUGAAGACGAAGCUUUUGACGUCGUGUCAGACAUGUCCAAAAAGUUUAUUGAGGAACUGCUCAUCAGAAGUCCCGAGAAGAGAAAUGAUGUUUUCAAUUGUAUGAACCAUGAUUGGUUGAAGAAAGUCAAAACAAUUAAGGCUCAGAAGCUCAGCACGGAAAACUUGAAGAAAUUUAUUGCGCGCCGUCGUUGGGCGAGAACAGCGAAUGCCUUGCGAGCUCUGAGCCGAAUGGGAUCCCUUGGUGGGCUGAUGGCUGGAGGAGGCAAACCCGGUGGCGCAGCUGCCGCCUCUAAACCUGGUGGCUUCCUCAAGAAGGUAAAAGAAGAGAAGGCCAAGGAGGAAGUUCAGGAGAAAGCAGCCAAAGCGGAGACGAAGAAGGAGCCAUUCAAGGAGGAGGUAUCUAAGGAGGAACCGAAGAAAUUUUCAGCAGGUGAUAGCCUCAUACCAGAAAGACGGGGCCUGAGUUAUUCGGGUCGCCGAAGUCCCGCCUUGAGUGGCAGGAGAAGCCCGAUGUCUCGGGCAGAAGCCCAUGGUAUGCCACUAGGCCCCCCUGUCUUCAUUCAACACCUGACGAAUUGCGAGAUCAUAGAGAACAGCGCCGCCAGAUUUGAAUGUAAGGUCAGCGGUAACCCUGAACCGGAAGUGGAAUGGUAUAAAGACGGGAAGCUUCUGAAGGAAAGUAAACAACUCACAUUCCUGUACGAUGACAACGACAACUGCAAACUUAUCAUCACUAAGGGCACAGCAGCUGACGCAGGCGAAUACAUGGUUGUGGCCAAAAAUCCUCACGGUAAAGUAUCGAGUAGUGCACGAUUGCUUAUCGACACGGGUUCAACGGACGAUGAAACCGCGAGCGAGUCCGAACUCUCCGAACUGUCUGGCUCUGAAGCUGAGGAGAGAACGAUGACCCCAAAAGAGGAAAAGAUCACGAAGUACUACACUGUUCAAGAUGAGCUCGGCAAGGGACGGUUCGGUGUUGUGUGCAAGUGUAUUGACAAUAAAACGGGACGCGCUUAUGCCGCCAAGUUCAUCAAAUGUACUGCGCCCAAGGACAGACAAGACGUCAUACACGAAGCAGAGAUCAUGAGUUCUGUUCGGCACAGGCGGCUUCUUCGGCUUCAAGAUUUCUUCCAGACACCCACAGAGAUGAUACUCGUCAUGGAUCUUGUCACGGGUGGAGAGCUGUUUGAGAAGGUGGUAGAAGAUGAGUUCAUCUCGGAGAUAGAAGUGUCGCAUUACAUGAAACAGAUAAUGGAAGGUGUUCAGCACUUGCAUCAGCGAGAAGUUCUCCAUUUAGAUCUCAAACCCGAAAACAUCAUGCUUAUUAGACCGGACAGUAAACAAAUCAAGCUUAUCGACUUCGGCCUGGCGAGGAAGUACAACCCGAAGGAAAACCUUAAGGUUAUGUUUGGAACACCAGAAUUUGUUGCCCCAGAAGUCAUUACAUACGAGCGUAUUACACCUGCUACGGACUUGUGGUCCGUUGGAGUCAUAGCAUAUAUUCUGCUGAGUGGUUUAUCGCCGUUUAUGGGGGAUACUGAUGCCGAGACCCUGACGAACGUCCAACUGGCAGAGUGGGACUUUGACGAUCCUGUCUUUGAUGAUAUCUCCGAUGAAGCUAAAGACUUUAUCAGCGGUCUACUUGUGCUUAAAGCAAACAAGAGGAGUACUGUCGAUCAAUUACUCAAACAUCGCUGGUUCACUAUCGAGAAGGGCAAAGGGAAAAAACUGAAGACCGACCGUCUCAAAGCGUUUACGGCGCGAAGGAAAUGGAGGCGAGCCAUCACUGCGAUCCGAAGCACGAACUUUUUGAGCCGGAUUCUCGGAAGCCGAGGGUCCGAUGAUAAGAAGAGUAGUGGGGGUGGAGGUGGUGGAUUGUUAGCCCGAGUCAAAGCAAUGCAUGCUGCCGGUAUUCAAGGUUCAGAAGGAGGUGUUCCCCCGGCGUCCUCUCCUUUCCUAUCACCUGCCUCAGCAGCGUUCAGCACCAGUAACAGCUUCACUUCAGUAACUGUAACAGAAAGAACGCAAACACAAGGAGAGACAACUGUUUUAGAGAAGGAGACAGUGACUGUUACCAAAGACGGACAAACAACUGUUAAAGAAAAAGAAACUACAACAAGAAUCGGCGAAUUCAAGCAGCAAGAUAGCACAACAGAAGAAGUCGAUAAUGGUAAAACAGGCGGUCUUGGAGGAGCAGCCAACACUCCACAAGCCAUCGCUAAGCGUUAUUCCACUGGAGGAGUUGCUCUUAAACUGGAAAAUGUCGACAAAUUUUGGGGAAUCAAGCACGAAAUAGCGAAGGGUCGUUUCUCAGUUAUAAAGCGCUGCUUAGACGCCAAAACAAAGAAACCUUUUGUAGCGAAAAUUAUUAAAUAUGAAGACGACACAGACCGUGAAGAUACUCUUCAGGAAUUUGACAUCCAUCGAAGCAUCAAAGGAGACAAAGUGGUUAUGUUGCGGGAUGCAUUCCUCAUGAGGAGAUAUCUUGUCCUUGUUAUGGACAUGUUGGAGGGACAAGAUAUCCUAAGCUUUGUAGGAUCAAAACCCAGGCCGAAUGAGGAAGACAUUUGUUUUGUAAUUCGACCUUUGCUUGAUGUAGUGAAUUAUCUACAUGGCCAGCAGAUUGUUCACUUGGACAUAAGGCCUGCAAACAUUUUCAUCGCCAAAAGUAACUUGGGUGUGAAACUGAUCGAUUUUGGAAGUGCUCGCCGCAUCAAGAACUGGAAGGAAGGAGACAUGUUGGCCAUUGUUAGUUAUGUUGCAUUUACAGCUCCAGAACUGCUGGACUUCGCCCCAGUCAGUGGACCAGCAGACAUGUGGAGCAUCGGUGUUCUCAUCUACGCUCUCAUGAGCGGAAUGCUGCCUUUCUCCGUGGAAACGAGGGAUGACGACGACGAAGACGAAAAACUUGGUGAAGUGAUCAAAAGGGGCAAAUGGUCUUUUGACUCCAAAGCAUUUCAACGCAGCACCUCAGAAGUAAAAGAUCUGAUCACCUCUCUCCUUUCGAAGGAUGCCAAAAAACGUCCCACCGCAGAAGAGGCUGCGAAACAUCCUUGGCUCAUGGGCGAUAAUUUGCAGAAACGUCGUUCAAGUGACGUGGCGAGCUCCAAGCUCAAAGAUCUUAGUCAGAAACUUCUGUUAAAGGACAAGGAAGAUGUUGUGUCAGCAUCCUGUGUCCUAAAGACCUUCAGUGAGGAUCCUUACGACUCUCCGGACUCAGACGAGGAGUAGAUAUGUGUACCCGACCUGUGUACCAACAGAAAGUGAUCCAUAGCGGCGCGCUCCUGCGCCAAGAUUAAUUAGCUUUUUGUGAAUAACAAUUAAGACUUUUAAACUUAGAUAGUGAUUUCAAACAUUGCGAUUAAGUAAAUUUAUAUUGAUUCUUUUUGACAAGCAUAUUCAAUAAUUUUCUCUAGAAGCAUUGGUCCACGAAAUAGUAUUUAUUUUUGUAGGGGAUGUUUUUGUAGCAAUGUUAUAAUCAUAAUAUCCAUUUUUUUACUAUUAUCCUUAAGCAAGUCAUGGCUUUAUGAUGCAUUUCAGUAGCAAAUGCUUUUGCACGUUCCUGUUCGUUUCUAGUUGUUUAGUAAGUGAAAGCGGGAAUGUUACAAUUUAGAGAAAAGAGUUAGUCAUACUAAGAAAGACUACUUCUACUUUUUAAGGCGAACUCGUUAAUCAGACAUAGUUGUGAUUUCAUAAUGAAUUCGCCAUUGCGGUAUUUCUGUUUAGUCAAACAUUUGCAAGUGAAAUAAAACACGUUUCAAAUAUA